AUGGUUGAUGACGAUGAUGUGACAGUAUGCAGUGAUGAUUUUUUGAUGGACGAUGAUAACGAUUCAAGGGACAGUCAAACUAUAUUGAAAGAUUUUGAUGAAGAGAUCAUUGGUCAUCAGAUUUUUCUUAAUGAUGUUGAUGAAGUUGAGCCACUUCACAGAAUUUAUAAUAAUUCACAAACAACUUUCAAAGAAACUGCACACUCAAACACUGAAAAUGUUACAAAAACUAAUACAGUCGAUAUAAAAAUUACUGAAAAAGACAAGAACCUAAGUAAAAACUUAACAACUCAAGAUUUAAAUGAACCUAAAGAAUUAAACACAGAUGUUAUAAGCACUAAUUUUGAUCUUAACGCUAGAAUGGAACUCGGUGAAAAAUAUCACAAAGAUUCAAAAGUUGGAAACGUUAAUGAUAUUUCAAAAAAUGUCAAUGUAGAUACAGCUGCAACGUUUUACGAUUCGCAGAAAACCCAAAUCUACUCAGUUCAUGGGUACAGUCAAAAUUAUACGCAUUACAGUCAGAGUCAGAAUAAUGUUACGAUUCCCAAACAGUAUUUAUACCAAAACAGGAAUAACACUAACAGAAUGGAUGCCACUGAUGUUGAAACUCAAGAAAAUUCUGAAAUAGUCAAAGAAAAUGAUGGAAUUCAUGAAAAUUUUAAUAAUGACUGUGAAGUCUGGAAUUGUAACAAUGCCAUUACUGAAGAAAGGAUUACGAAAAUAGUUCCAAAUAAUAAUAUAGAAGACAAUGCAUUUAUAACUCAAGAAAAUAACGAUAUAUUCAUUACGAAUGACAAUAAUAAAUAUUCGGAAACAAAUAAAGAACUAGUUGAUCAUCAAAGUCAAUAUUCCCAAAAUAUUGACGAAUAUUUUAAUGAAAUGCAAAAUGUUCAUAGUGAUAAAAUAACAGAAAUAAUAAAUAUGGAUGUUGAUGAUAAUGAAGAAAAUAAUCCUAAAAAUACGAUCUCAAAUUCGAUUUCGGAGAACACGGCGAGAAAUGACGGAAAAGCAAAAUUUUAUAAAGUUAAUCUUCACCAUUUUAGAGACUUUAAGGAGGGCCUUUUGACAAAUGAAAGUGUAGACGUAAUUCCGGUAAAACAUGAUGAAAAUUUUGAAAAAUACUAUACAAAUCCUUCUCAAAAUAAAGAUUUGUCUGAAAGCACUGCCAAAAAUGUCCAUCAAAAUACAGAUUUUACAGACAAUAUUAAUACAAAUAGCACUGAAGAAUUUCCCUCAAAUAGAACAAAUCUUCUUCGAAACAAGGACUUAACAGAAGAAUACAGAAUAACGGAAGAAGAUUACGAUUCAGAAGAGAUAAUUUCGUUUAAAGUUCUAGAAGAGUUUAAUAAAGUCAAGCUGUUCGUAAGGCGACCGAAUAGAAGAAUGUCGUGUGAUAGCUAUUCUUCUGAUUCGGGGUACAAAAGCGAUUCACAAAGAAGUAACCGGAGUGCAUUACAGCUAUCAGGAACUUGGCUAAAUCAGUCCGGUAGUUGUUUGUUCCAUUAUCUACUGCAGUGCCCUCUAGUGGCGUCUACCAGAGAUAUAACAAGCGAAAUUGCACAGGUAUUAGGUGAAUUGAUUGACAAAUUGCAUGAUGAUGAGAAAUAUCCAUCGUUUUUAGAAGAAUUGUUGGAAACUAUAGAUGGAGAAUUGGGACAAGUCUUCGAGGGGGCAAAUAGUGAAGAAAAUGAGGCUCGCGCGGAACGCUACGCGCCGUACGCUCGGGUCUGGUUCUGGUCGGGCGGCGAGUUGCCCUUACUCGCCGUCCGCAGACCCGCGCUUACGAUGGCCGGAGAUCGUCCCUUGAUCCCCGACGCCCCUAGUGUCGCCUGUUGCGGCGGCUGGGGCGUGAGGAGGAGGAUUGCUCCCCCACGCGGGCCACCUCCCUCAUUGCGAGCAUAA